UGCGGGGCGCUUCCAUUCAGGGAAGUGGGAAUAACCGUCACUAACCGUCACUCCAUAACAAAGAUGAGGAAAAUACAUGAAGAGUCAAGAGUUGGAGAUCGAAAACCAAAUGCCUUUUCAGAGAAAAAAGUGGAUGUUGCAGAGAUAGACUUGGGAAUUUGAAAGUGAGAGUGAGAGUGAGAGCAGAGAGAAAUGGAAGGUUACGGAGAUCAUGUGGGUAUAAGAAAAGGGCCAUGGAAGGCAGAGGAAGAUGAAGUGCUGCUAAACCAUGUGAAAAGGUAUGGCCCCAGAGACUGGAGCUCCAUUCGAUCCAAUGGUCUGCUGCAGAGGACUGGAAAGUCAUGCCGCCUUCGUUGGGUCAAUAAACUUAGACCCAACUUGAAGAAUGGCUGCAAAUUUUCACUAGAGGAAGAGAGGGUGGUGAUAGAGUUGCAGGCACAGUUUGGGAACAAAUGGGCCAAAAUUGCAACGUAUCUGCCAGGAAGAACCGAUAAUGAUGUGAAGAACUUUUGGAGUAGCAGGCAAAAAAGGCUAGCAAGGAUUCUGCAGACUUCAGAAACACCCCCCAAAUCACAGAAGUACAAAAGGCAGCUUCAGUCUUGCCACGGUUGUUGUCAAGGGUCUAAUAUAAGUUGUCCUGCUUUGGAGGCUCCAAAGUUCAUGAGUUCCUCAUCGGAGGGAGAAUCAUCGUCAAGGGCUCAGUCAUGCUCAUCAUCCUGCAUCGACAACACUACUGAAAUGAUCAGAAUGGUGGCUAUACCAGAUCUUGUUAGCCCUAAGUUGCAUAAUUUCAAUACAGACCUUAUUCAUCAUGGAUUCUCCCCGGCUGACAAUAACCCAUGCAUAGAGUUCCAACCCCAAACCCCUCUUUCUGAGAUCCCACAACUCCAACCACACCUCACAAUAUUCUUACCAGAAACCCAAGAAUUAAUGGAUAGAGUUGAAGACCCCAGCAGUAUAUUUGAUAUGUUUGGAACGUUGGACUCUUCUGGGCUCGGAAAUGGAACUAAAGUUUCCAUUGGGCCUCAAUUAUUUGAACCCGUUGGAAGUUUCAGAAACGAUGCCAAUGGAAAAAUUGGCAACCCCAUUAAUACCAAGGGCAGCUUCUUUGAUGGCUUCCCAACAGACGUGUUUGAUCAUAUUGAGCCACCUCCAAGCCCUUUAAAGAGAUAAUUUGUCAUUGCCACUGUUGUUAUUCUGUGUUGCAGGUGGCUGAAAUUUGUAGUACUAGUUAAUUUAUUGGGUGGAAUAUAAA